UGGACAUCCCUUCUCAGAACCAUUGUACAUCUCAAAGAAGUUUCCUGCCACCAUGAUGACUGGAGGCUUGUCUGACCCUAAACCUGCUACUCCAGAGGUCCAGCAUAUUGCUGACCAGGUGAAGCCACAAUUAGAAAGCAGGGAGAAUGAGAUCUAUAACAUCUUUACAGCCAUAAUAUACCGGACUCAAGUGGUUGCUGGAAUCAACUACUUCAUUAAGGUCCAAAAUUCUGAUAAUGGGUACGUCCACUUAAAAAUAUUUCAAGCCCUUCCUCAGGAGAACCAAGGUCCCAGCCUUACCGAUUAUCAGACUGGCAAAACCAGAGAUGAUCCUUUGGUCUACUUCUGAGGGUGGUGAGGAAUGGUUCCUCACUUCUGCAAGUCACAUGUGGAUUCUGCCUGUUGGCAAAUGCAUGAGAAUAAAAUACAUUUGAAAGCUG